CGCCUACCAACCACCCGUUCAGUCCGCCCAGAGAUGACGCUCCGCCGCCUACCAACCACCCGUUCAGUCCGCCCAGAGAUGACGCUCCGCCGCCUACCAACCACCCGUUCAGUCCGCCCAGAGAAGACGCUCUGCCGACUACCAACCACCCGUUCAGUCCGCCCAGAGAUGACGCUCCGCCGCCUACCAACCACCUGUUCAGUCCGCCCAGAGAAGACGCUCCGCCGAUUACCAACCACCCGUUCAGUCCGCCCAGAGAAGACGCUCCGCCGCCGCCUACCAACCACCCGUUCAGUCUGCCCAGAGAAGACGCUCCGCCGCCGCCUACCGACCACCCGUUCAGUCCGCCCAGAGACGACGCUCCGCCGCCGCCUACCAACCGCCCAUUCAGUCCGCCCAGAGAAGACGCUCCGCCGCCGCCUAACAACCACCCGUUCAGUCCGCCCAGAGAAGACGCUCCGCCGCCACCUACCAACCACCCGUUCAGUCCGCCCAGAGACGACGCUCUGCCGCCGCCGCCGCCUACCGACCACCAGUCAGUCCGCCCAGAGACGACGCUCCGCCGCCUACCAACCACCCGUUCAGUCCGCCCAGAGAAAACGCUCCGCCAACUACCAACCACCCGUUCAGUCCGCCCAGAGAAGACGCUCCGCCGCCGCCUACCAACCACCCGUUCAGUCCGCCCAGAGAAAACGCUCCGCCGACUACCAACCACCCGUUCAGUCCGCCCAGAGAAGACGCUCCGCCGCCGCCUACCAACCACCCGUUCAGUCCGCCCAGAGACGACGCUCCGCCGCCUACCAACCACCCGUUCAGUCCGCCCAGAGAAAACGCUCCGCCAACUACCAACCACCCGUUCAGUCCGCCCAGAGAAGACGCUCCGCCGCUGCCUACCAACCACCCGUUCAGUCCGCCCAGAGAAAACGCUCCGCCGACUACCAACCACCCGUUCAGUCUGCCCAGAGAAGACGCUCCGCCGCCUACCAACCUCCCGUUCAGUCCGCCCAGAGAAGACGCUCCGCCGCCGCCUACCAACCACCCGUUCAGUCCGCCCAGAGACGACGCUCUGCCGCCGCCGCCUACCGACCACCAGUCAGUCCGCCCAGAGACGACGCUCCGCCGCCUACCAACCACCCGUUCAGUCCGCCCAGAGAAAACGCUCCGCCGCCUACCAACCACCCGUUCAGUCCGCCCAGAGAAAACGCUCCGCCAACUACCAACCACCCGUUCAGUCCGCCCAGAGAAAACGCUCCGCUGCCGCCUACCAACCACCCGUUCAGUCCGCCCAGAGAUGACGCUCCGCCGCCUACCAACCACCCGUUCAGUCCGCCCAGAGAUGACGCUCCGCCGCCUACCAACCACCCGUUCAGUCCGCCCAGAGAAGACGCUCUGCCGACUACCAACCACCCGUUCAGUCCGCCCAGAGAUGACGCUCCGCCAACUACCAACCACCCGUUCAGUCCGCCCAGAGAAGACGCUCCGCCGCCGCCUACCAACCACCCGUUCAGUCCGCCCAGAGAAAACGCUCCGCCGACUACCAACCACCCGUUCAGUCCGCCCAGAGAAGACGCUCCGCCGCCGCCUACCAACCACCCGUUCAGUCCGCCCAGAGACGACGCUCCGCCGCCUACCAACCACCCGUUCAGUCCGCCCAGAGAAAACGCUCCGCCAACUACCAACCACCCGUUCAGUCCGCCCAGAGAAGACGCUCCGCCGCCGCCUACCAACCACCCGUUCAGUCCGCCCAGAGAAAACGCUCCGCCGACUACCAACCACCCGUUCAGUCUGCCCAGAGAAGACGCUCCGCCGCCGCCUACCAACCUCCCGUUCAGUCCGCCCAGAGACGACGCUCCGCCGCCGCCUACCAACCACCCGUUCAGUCCGCCCAGAGACGACGCUCUGCCGCCGCCGCCUACCGACCACCAGUCAGUCCGCCCAGAGACGACGCUCCGCCGCCUACCAACCACCCGUUCAGUCCGCCCAGAGAAAACGCUCCGCCGACUACCAACCACCCGUUCAGUCCGCCCAGAGAAAACGCUCCGCCAACUACCAACCACCCGUUCAGUCCGCCCAGAGAAGACGCUCCGCCGCCGCCUAACAACCACCCGUUCAGUCCGCCCAGAGAAGACGCUCCGCCGCCGCCUACCAACCACCCGUUCAGUCCGCCCAGAGAAGACGCUCCGCCGCCGCCUACCAACCACCCGUUCAGUCCGCCCAGAGAAGACGCUCCGCCGCCGCCUACCAACCACCCGUUCAGCCCGCCCAGAGAAGACGCUCCGCCGCCACCUACCAACCACCCGUUCAGUCCGCCCAGAGACGACGCUCUGCCGCCGCCGCCGCCGCCUACCGACCACCAGUCAGUCCGCCCAGAGACGACGCUCCGCCGCCUACCAACCACCCGUUCAGUCCGCCCAGAGAAAACGCUCCGCCAACUACCAACCACCCGUUCAGUCCGCCCAGAGAUGACGCUCCGCCGCCUACCAACCACCCGUUCAGUCCGCCCAGAGAAGACGCUCCGCCGAUUACCAACCACCCGUUCAGUCCGCCCAGAGAAGACGCUCCGCCGCCGCCUACCAACCACCCGUUCAGUCUGCCCAGAGAAGACGCUCCGCC